UCCUUCGCUGGACGCAGCACCUGCCGCGGACCAGCCCCGCCUCAUAUUUCUCUGGGCUCACGAAGAUCGACGUUGCUCCCAGAGUCGUGCUGGUGCUGGGACUUAGGCGCCAGAAGCCCUUCCAGAAAACAAGCUGGGGAACGGUGGCUUCGGUUGAGCGUGGCAAGGCCCGAGGAGGUAGAGGGACUCUUUGACGGUGCGGAGGGAUAGGGAGACGAGUAAUAGCCGCCAUCUUUGGUUCAGUGCGGCGCAACAGCAGCGGCAGUGGCUGCUGUGGUGAAGGAGGAGGAGGAGCCGAGUGGGCGCUGGUACCAAGGCCUGACCAUGGACGAGGAAUACGAUGUGAUUGUGCUGGGGACAGGUCUUACCGAAUGCAUUCUGUCUGGCAUCAUGUCUGUGAAUGGAAAGAAGGUGCUGCACAUGGACCGGAACCCCUACUAUGGGGGUGAGAGCUCUUCCAUCACACCUCUGGAGGAGCUAUAUAAGCGCUUUCAGUUGCUGGAAGGGCCCCCUGAGUCAAUGGGCCGGGGCCGAGACUGGAAUGUUGACUUGAUCCCCAAAUUCCUCAUGGCCAAUGGUCAGCUGGUAAAGAUGCUACUGUAUACAGAAGUGACUCGUUAUCUGGACUUCAAGGUGGUAGAGGGCAGCUUUGUAUACAAGGGAGGCAAGAUCUACAAAGUACCAUCCACUGAGACUGAGGCAUUGGCUUCUAAUCUGAUGGGCAUGUUUGAAAAGCGACGCUUCCGAAAAUUCUUGGUGUUUGUGGCAAACUUUGAUGAGAAUGACCCCAAAACCUUUGAGGGUGUCGAUCCCCAGACCACCAGCAUGCGUGAUGUCUACCGGAAGUUUGAUCUGGGCCAAGAUGUCAUUGAUUUCACUGGCCACGCCUUGGCGCUCUACCGCACUGAUGACUACCUGGAUCAGCCCUGUCUUGAGACUAUUAACCGUAUUAAGUUGUACAGCGAGUCCUUGGCCCGGUAUGGCAAGAGCCCAUAUUUGUACCCACUCUAUGGCCUGGGUGAGCUGCCCCAGGGUUUUGCAAGAUUGAGUGCCAUCUAUGGAGGAACAUAUAUGCUGAACAAACCUGUGGAUGACAUCAUCAUGGAGAAUGGCAAGGUGGUGGGUGUGAAAUCUGAAGGAGAGGUGGCCCGUUGCAAGCAGCUGAUUUGUGACCCUAGCUACAUCCCAGACCGUGUACGGAAGGCUGGCCAGGUUAUUCGCAUCAUCUGUAUCCUCAGCCACCCCAUCAAGAACACCAAUGAUGCCAAUUCCUGCCAAAUUAUCAUCCCUCAGAACCAGGUCAACAGGAAGUCAGACAUCUAUGUGUGCAUGAUCUCCUAUGCACACAACGUGGCAGCACAGGGCAAAUAUAUCGCCAUUGCCAGCACCACCGUGGAGACUGCAGAACCAGAAAAGGAGGUUGAGCCUGCAUUGGAGCUGUUGGAACCCAUUGACCAGAAGUUUGUGGCUAUCAGUGAUUUGUAUGAGCCUAUUGAUGAUGGUUCUGAGAGUCAGGUAUUUUGUUCCUGUUCUUAUGAUGCCACCACACACUUUGAGACCACCUGCAAUGACAUCAAAGAUAUCUACAAACGCAUGGCUGGGUCUGCCUUUGAUUUUGAGAACAUGAAGCGCAAACAGAAUGAUGUGUUUGGAGAGGCUGAUCAGUGAUUGCUGACUCCCCUCCUCCAGCCCCUGCUCCCCUCUCCCCAACCCGUAUGUCCUCUGGGACAGGGAAGAUGGUAUGGCUGGGCAUCCCUGUAUCCAGCAUCUUCUGCUUCCCCCACCACAUUCCAGUGACCCACCUCAUUGAUUUGAUUCACUGACCAAAUCCUUAACCUUAGUGAUGGUUUGGGAGAUGGGGGUUGGAUAGUAUCCUCUUUCUUGGCCUACCCUUGUUCUAGGAAAAGAGGAUUCUUUGUGUGUGUGUGUGUGUGUGUGUGUGUGUGUGUGUGUGUGUGUGUGUGUACACACGUGUACGUGUACACUCUAAUUCUACUGUUUGGGAAGGAGUGGAGGAAAAGCUGACUCUGCACCCACUGUUCUUACUCCCAAUGUAGUGGCCUUUGGAGAUAUUCCAUCUCCUCCCCCCCAACUCUUAUGUGUUGGAGAGAAGGGACCCUCCCAGCACAAAGUUGCAUUCCUCCACCCCCUUAUAAUUUAUUCUAAUUUAUUAACUUUGUCCUACCUAUCUGAGGCCUCAGCCUUUCUGUGCAGCCUGGGGCUGUAGAGUGAGCUGCCCUGGCUUCUCCCAGCCCUGGCAAAGUCUGGGUUGGGUGAAGGUUUAGGUGUGGCCCCCUCUGGGGGUUGAUCUGUUUUUAAUUUCUUAUCUUUGUGUUGUGUUCUCUGAGAAAAAGUAAAUGUGAGCAAAGAAGAAGGAGGUGGAAAAGUGGACCCAAACCCCAGUGUGCCCCGCCCCAAGCCUUUUCCUUUAGUGGUGGGAACCCUUAUCUUGCAAAGUGAAUGUUUCCCCUUCCCCAACCUCUAGUGUAUUUCACAGGAAACAAAAACCUCCCAAUAAAACUGUUGAAACCUGA